AAAGAGUAGGGGGAGAAGAGCGUGAGGCGCGACAGACACGGAGAGUUGGGCAGCGCGAUUAAGAAAUCCCCACCGCCAGAGAGGCGGUCCUACUCCGAUGUAACCCACCCUGACUAGCCCCGGCCCCUGCACGGCAGGCCGCGAAACUUCUGUGCCGGUUGUGGCGUUGGGGCACCGGCCCCGCAACGACUACCCGGGCUGCGGGUAGGAAAGGAGAGCAGAGAACGACCCAGGGUGAUGUGAGCAGAGCCCAGGAAUGCCUUAUGUGGAUCGGCAGAACCGAAUCUGUGGGUUUCUGGACAUCGAGGAGAAUGAGAACAGCGGCAAGUUCCUGCGGAGGUACUUUAUUCUGGACACCCAGGCCAACUGCCUUCUAUGGUACAUGGACAACCCCCAGAAUCUGGCAGUUGGCGCAGGGGCUGUUGGAUCUUUGCAGCUGACGUACAUCUCGAAGGUGAGCAUAGCUACCCCAAAGCAGAAACCAAAAACUUCAUUUUGCUUUGUCAUCAAUGCCCUGUCUCAGAGGUAUUUUCUUCAAGCCAAUGACCAGAAAGACCUGAAGGACUGGGUUGAAGCCCUGAACCAAGCCAGCAAGAUCACUGUACCCAAAGGUGGGAGCCUUCCCCUGGCUACUGAAGUUCUCAAAAGCCUAACAACUCCUGCAGCCCUAGACAAGAAGCCACAGGUGGCCUACAAGACCGAGAUCAUCGGAGGGGUGGUGGUACACACACCCAUCAGCCAGAAUGGCGGGGAUGGACAGGAAGGGAGUGAGCCAGGGUCCCAUGCCAUCCUUCGAAGGUCUCAGAGUUACAUCCCCACGUCAGGCUGCCGUGCUUCUACUGGGCCUCCCCUCAUUAAGAGUGGCUACUGUGUGAAGCAAGGGAAUGUGCGGAAGAGCUGGAAACGUCGCUUCUUUGCCCUGGAUGACUUCACCAUCUGCUACUUCAAGUGUGAGCAGGACCGAGAACCACUGCGCACUAUAUAUCUCAAAGAUGUUCUCAAGACCCAUGAGUGUCUGGUCAAAUCUGGUGAUCUCUUAAUGAGGGACAACCUGUUUGAAAUAAUAACAAGCUCCCGGACCUUCUACAUACAGGCGGAUAGUCCAGAAGACAUGCACAGCUGGAUUAAGGAGAUUGGGACAGCUGUCCAGGCCCUCAAGUGCCACCCCAGAGACAUAUCCUUUUCCAGAUCCAUUUCUUUGACUCGACCUGGAAGCUCCAGCUUCACAGGGGGGCCUAACUCUGUCUUCUGCAGAGGGCGGCCACCUGUGGAAGAGAAGAAAACCCUCUGCAAAGCCCCUUCUGUGGCCUCUGCUUGGCAACCCUGGACACCUGUCCCCCAGGCUGGGGAAAAGCUGCUUCCAGCUGAAGAGACUCCAGAGGACUCUUUGUUCAUGCCUCGACUUGGGGAGAGCAGUACUGCUGGGGUGUUGUCAGGCUCCCGAAUAAGGCACAGAUCAGAGCCCCAGCACCCCAAGGAGAAACCCUUUGUGUUCAACCUUGACGAUGAAAACAUACGGACCUCUGAUGUGUGAUGAAGCACAGUGCCAUGGGAGGAAGUGGGGGAGGGAGGGAGGACUUGAGAGAAAGAGGCUGUGGCUCAUUUUCUCUCCUUGUUGGAGGACAGUCAGAGCCUUUAAUGGCACUCAUAUUCCUGUGGAAGCUGUGUUGGAGGGCCCCAGCCAAGUGGCUUUUUUUUUCCCUUUUUUUAUAUUAUCAAUGCAGUAUAUUUAAUUUGGGGGAAAUCACUAGGUUAGAUCUGUAGGCAUACUCAGUGAAGAGAGAGCGGCUUGCCUCUUGUUGAUCUAUUCCAAGGUCUUUUGUGUGAUGGGCUAUCUUUAGCAUCUCCGCUUCUGAAGAGGUUGGGAGUCAUUUCACCCUGACCAAAUUGUACUUCCUUGUCCUUGUUUUAGUUUUUUUUUGUUGUUGUUUUAUUUUCAAUCUGGGCACAGGCUCUUAGGCCAGUCACCUGGUUUUAGUCCAUACCUAUGUAUUGGUUCAAGUUUGUGAAGCAGGUAACUAACCCAGCUGAAAGGCUGAAAGGCUUCAGAGUAGGGGAAAACCCAGAUUCUGGCUUGACAGGGAGCCGUUCUGAGAGGUAGUGUUUAGAAUCUGGAGGGUGGCCUUUAGAAUAUGUCUGCAAGGGUGGGUCCCCUAGGAUACCUCCCAGGAGAAGAGAUGGGGAUCUUUUUGAGGCCUGAGGAAUAAGUCAACUCUACUGCAUGAGCCAGUUUUGAAAAUUACUCUGUUCUCUUGAUGCUAUGACCCCAAAUGUUAUAGAUUGAGGAACAGACCCAUUAGAAUUGUUUCUUUAUCAGGCCCCAAGGACCGGUAUCAGUGUUAAAUACUAUGACUGUUGAGAACAGAACAGACAUUUCCCUUGAUAAUGGUGUUACUUGGAAUGUGUGGGGUUGGUAAGCGUGUGAUAAUUCAUGUGUGUGAUAGAUCAAUCUCUAUCUCAGAGUUUUAGAUAGGUUAAAAGCAGGUGCUGAGAAGAGAUGGAUCAUCCUGCUAAGUUUUUUGAUCCAUGUUUUCUGGAUAGGAGAAAAGUUUUAUUCUGGCAAAGACAUAUUGCCUUGAAUCCUUGCCUCACAGCUCUUUUUGAUGGGCCAAUAUUUGUCUAAUUUUAAGUGCAGUUUAUUAUAUACCUUGGCAGAUUUGCUUUCUUUUUGACCUUUCUGUUGCCCUUUGGAUGGAGUUGUGUGCUUGCAUGAUCAGACCCUGUAAUCUGAUGAGGUUCCAUGUGGAAAAAUACAAAGAUAAUCUUGAGAUUAUAUUUUAGUGGAAUAAAAAUGGGGCAUAAAAGCAUUGAUUUAGAGGUUACAAAUUACUGACUAGAGAUUUCCCAGGAGUUGCCCAAACAAAUUUGAGGGCAUAUUUUCUUUCACUGGACAAGAUACUAUUUCUAGUGUCCUUGGGCACAUUUACCUAUCCAAUUUUUUUAGUGCAUUGCUAUCAGAAACUUAGGAGGGUUUCAUAAAGGGAUAGAGAACUUGGCUUAUUUCUAUCAGUAGCUUUCAUCAGCUAGAUCAGUUAAUUAUACUUUAAUUAAAAAUAGUGACUAGAGGAAGAGACUAAGAGGAAGAAUAAAUCCCGGUUCCUUCUUGUGUCCAUAUCUAAUGCAGAAGCAAAAACACCUGAAGAAGAAAUUUUUAGUGGCUUUGAAAAGAAUCAUGUUCUUCCAGGUAGUGCUGUUUUUCUGAAAUGUGUUUCACAUUGAGAACUCUUUCUGAUUUCACUGUGUUGGAGCUGUCCUUCACUUAAGUUUAGUCUUGUGGUCUUAAUCUAAAAAGAGAAAUCUACUGGAUCUUUCUCUUUUCUUCCCAUCUUCUUUUAAAAAUAAACUCUUGUGUACUUUUUUUCUCAGAAAUUCUUGGUUUGGGAAUUAUUUAUUUAUGAGUGAUCAACCUACUUCGAAUAGCCUGAUUUUAAGAAGCCAUUCCAGAUUUUUAAAGUUCCUUGUCUCUGGUUUCACCUUCAUAUUUUUCUCAAGAAAAUUAUUUGGCUAAUAAAUACAAGUGCACAGAAUGUGAUGUGGAACUAAUGAAAAUAAAUUAAUGUUUUAAAUCUCUUUAAA